AUGGAGACUAUGAAGAAGUGCAAACCAUCAGACAGGGUGAAAACCCAAAUGAAUAGUUCAUUUUCAGGUGAAUUGGGCUGUAUCACAGAUGCAACUGAUGAGGAACAAGAUGACUUACCUUAUGAUGGAGAGGUAGGAAUAACCUGUAAAUACAAUAGUAAUUCAGAUAAUUUGAAUGACUGUACUUGCACAGAAGAUAUUUCUAGUAUUUUUAACUUAGCCUGUUCUGAAGAUAACAAAAACAUAAAAGCAACAGUGAAUUAUGAAACUCAUCCACAGCCUGAAGAAUUCUCCAGUCACCACAGAGAUGCCACAGGAACAAGGGGAAUUUCAGUUGAAACGCCUGGAAGUGAAGCUUCCUUUAAGAAGGAAUUACUAGUUGGUAGUUAUAGUAAACCAGGUAUCAAAAACCAUCUAGCUAACUCAAAAGUGUCCAGUGUCCUUUUGCGUCAUUUUUCUAAGGGAGAGUUAAUAAGCGCAUGCCAGUUAAUUGAAUGCGAGACAAUACCAGAGACAUCCUUUGCAGAAAGUAUCGAUGACUCUGUGAACAAACCUGAGCCUUCAGAACACAUCAAAGGCCCUUUAGCACAUGAACAAUGGGCAACUAACUUUCAAGAAUAUCACUUGGAAAAGUACAAGGAAGUAAACACUGGUAAUAAAAAUCAAAAUUUGCUAAAUGAAAAUAGAUGUGUUUCAAAACCUGUUUCUUCCACUGUUAAGUGUGGGUGCAGCCAAGAAAAUUCACAAUUGAUUAAUGAGAAUGAAGAUACACAUGUCUCUCAAAACACGAAGAAAGACAGCACCCUGUUUAAGAAAACCGUUUCACCUCAUGAGCUCAAGUAUGGCCAAGGUCAGGCUCACUAUUGCCUUCCCAACUUCUCCAAAGUUGCUUCAGAAGUUAAAGUACCACAAAGCAGUGACAAUAUAAACUCAGUUCCUACCACUGAAAGAGCAAAAUCAUUCCCUAUUUUGCUAAGUAAAUCAGUAAUUGCGAACAACAUUCCAGAAAAUAAGAACUAUUUCAAUGCCGAAGUAGAGAAUCAAAAAGAAAUGAGCAUUCCAGAACUGCUGCAACAGCUAGAGUGUGGAACAGCAGCAUCAGCAUUACCAGCAGCUGGUACAGUAGAAGCACACUGUCUAAAUCCUUCUAAUUUACUGCCAGAACUAACACUAGGAGAAAAGAUGUCUCAAAUACUAAAGGAUCAGACAGAUCAACUGAUAAAGAAAGUGGAAGACUUCUCUAAGCACAUGACCCAAGAGACACUCCUUUUACAAGACAACUACCUGGCAUUAAAUCAAUUGAAAAGAUACCUCGGUGCCUUGGAAAGGAAUUACUUAACAGCUAGAGAAGAGCACCGUAAUUUACAGCUGCAGAAUUACAAGGACAACGUUGGAGAGUUUGAUCCUGAAAGAAAGGUGGAAGGGGAAAUAUUUAGACUUGGCAUGCUGCUUGAAGACAUCCAAGAACAAACUGAUGACAGCAAAUGCAACUUGUCAUCUUUGCUUACUUCCUGUGAAUCUGCCUGUUCAUCAUAUUCUCUUUGUGAGGUCAGUAAGUUUUAUUAUUUAAAGGCAGCGAUUCAGAAGACAUCUCAGCUUGUGAUUCUUAUAAUGAUUCACAAAGGAAGGAACUUGUCAACUGUGAGACUGAAAGUUACAAAACAUUCAAUACAAGACUAUGUGGAGAAAAAAAAGGACUUAGAUGCAGAUGCCCUAGAAGAAGCAGAGAUCAAUUUAAACUUGGGAAUUACAAAGAGUCUGUUCAGUCUUGUGCCCUAUAUAGAAAUAAAAGUCCUGGUUCAUCCUGUGAAGUUAAAAUGCUACACAGAACCUUAUUUAAACAUCACUUUCUAUUCUAUACCUACACAAACAUUUGCCUUCAGUAUUAACAAGGCUAUAUUUUAUUAUUCCCAACAGAUUUUAAGUUCUGCUCUGGAUCAUGCCAUACAGACAGCAAACAGUUUGAAGAAAGCUACAGAACGAAUGGUACAAGCGGUUUCAGAAGAUCUAGCUAAAGUUAAAAAAAACCAGCUUUAGUAACCCAGUUUCAAAUGCUAUAUUGUUUUGCUGGUUGAUACUGAAGUGCCAGUAUCUUUGCAAAUAUAAAAUGAUAAACACAAAGAUCAGAGAGUC